AUGGCUGGUCGGGGUGCGUGUGUGUGCGUCUGCAUUCUUGGCUCGCGUGGGGCUUUCGUUGCUCUCGUGGUGUUGCUGGGUAUCCAUUGCGUGGAGGCCAAGUUGGGAUGGCUGUCAUCUAGUGUAGUCAGUCCAAAGGACUUUACCGCUCUGCCACUAGAAGCUUUUAAGAUAAUAAGGCUAAGGGAGUCGGAUGAUAGCUGGUCGUCAGAAGAGAACUCGAAGUCUGUUUCCGCUAUCAUUAAAGCAGAACUUGCUAACUAUGAUCCUUCCGUAAAUUGGAUCCUGGAUAUUUGUCCCAUUAAUUUGGACAUUUUAAAGGCGGUCCAUGCAGACAAUCACCUCAACAUGAUCAUCUGUAUUACUGUUCCCGACGAGGAAAUAAUUUCACAAGCAGUUGAAGGGCAUUGGGAUACUGACGAAAUCGCCCUUAAACUUGCUCAUUCAGAUUAUGCGAUGUCAAGAGCGCGCAGCUUUUUUCGUAGUAUGGGCUGCCCAAUUUAUGAAUUAAGGGAAUUAGAGCAGGAGAUGGAGGCAGAGGAUUGCCGGGCAGGUCAUGAACUUGACAAUGACGAAAAUUGGUUUAUCAGCCAUUGUGCUGCAGGAAUCAGUCAGGACUUUAAUGCCAUGCCUAUGGAGUUGUUGCAGGAUGAUGAGACUAAAGCAGAACGCCAUUUCCGCCUCCAUGAGCUUGUUGCUCAACUUCGCGACUUAACUGAGGAACGGAGAGCUCAGCACUUGGCACUCUUGAGCGACUUUUUUGACCGCAAUGAGUGGUACACAAACGAAAGGAUAAACAUAAUAAACAUUUUCUGUCUCUUGCUUCAAUUGGAGUUGGACAAGUGGCAAGAUCGAAACCAGGUGGUUGGGAUGCUCAUUGGAUUUGCUGGCAGCACCGAAGAAGGCAAACUGGGGAACCAAAACUGCUACCGACUUCCUAUGUUAAAACCUCCGGGAUUAGCCAUUGCAGAGCAGUCAGGGGAGUCGAAGUCAAAACGCCAUCAACCUCUUGAAGGAAAGGUUCACACAAUCGCAUACACGGCUGAGGACCCUGUGGGUAGCAACGAUGGGACGGAUCGUCCACAAAUGCUUUUUGUUACCAAUGAGGUACUGACCGGCGGUGAGAUUAUUCCUCUCGCUUCAGAUCUUGCAUCGAAGGUGUGGGCAAGAGUUCCUCCGUUGAACCGGUGCAGGCGUAACCAUCAAUUGGGUCCUGGUGGUGGUCAAAGCUCACCUUCGGUUUGCCUCUUCUUGACCGUGCAGCUAACAGAGGAGCAGGUAAAAUUGGGCGUGCAUGUGGACGACAACGGAGAUCCGCUUCCUCGUGUGGAAGAACCCCCAAAGUCUCAAAAAAUCGCAAGUUCUCGUUCCGUACAAGCAAUCAAAGGGACCAAGAAGGCGAGUAAGGACGCAUUAAUUUCUACGAUCACUUGA